AUGGACUCCCAGAAUCGCAGCAUGACCGUCGAGCUCCUCGUGGAAGCUGCGAAGAAGAACUGCAACAAGCAGUUUAUCUUCGUUACCCCGAACGAUCUGAGCAUGCUGAGACCGGAUCCGGUGGUGAAGAUCCAGAAGCUGGCCCCUCCGAGAUAUCGAGCUGCGUCGGCAGGCGCACAUGACGUUGAUAUGGAUGGAGUGGCCUGA